GAAACUGAAAGUAGAUUUUGACAUUGUUGAUCAGAGCUGAGACGCCAUCACAGGGUGUGAGAUCUCUGCUGGAAAACACACGUUUGGAUUAUUUGAAGCAAUCAAGAGACGGGACAGUAACUCGGUGAGUCUUGCUUUUGAAAGACAAUUUAGAUACCAAGACAAAUGGCUGAGAAAACUGCUCUUUUUGAAAGUUACCUGAACUGCCAUGUGUGUUCAGAGACUUUCAGAGAUCCUGUGUCUCUGAGCUGCAACCACAGCUUCUGUUCAAGCUGCCUGAAGAAAUUCUGGGAACAAGCUGAAAACAAAAACUGUCCCAUUUGUAAAAGAAAAUCAUCUAAAGAUAUUCCCAUUGUGAACUUUGCACUGAAGGAACUGUCUGACUCGUUUGCUGAGAGACAGAAAGCUGGAUCAUCUGAGCAAAAAAAAAAGAAGAAGAAGUUGGAGGUGGUGUGUAGUAAACAUCAAGAAGAGCCUAAACUGUUCUGUAAGGAUGAAGAGAGAGCUGUGUGUCCUGUCUGUGACUUUUCUCUCCACCAGAGUCACAAGGUGGUUCCUGUAGAACAAGCAGUCAGUGACCUGAAGGACCAGCUGAAAUCUGACUUAGAGUCUCUACAGGACAAGAGGGACACACACAAACAAGUAGAGAAAACAUACCAUGAAGUGAUUAAACACUCCAAGAAGCAGCUGUUGUCCACAGAGAGGCAGAUCAGAGCAGAGUUCAACAAGCUCCACCAGUUCCUGAAAGAGGAAGAGGAGUCCAGACUGGCAGCUCUGAGGGAGGAAGAGGAGCAGAAGGGGAAGACUAUCAGCAGAGAGAUGAAGAUGAUUCAGGAGCACAUCUCCUCUCUGUCAGACAGUAUCUCUGCUGUUGAAGAAGACCUGCAGAAACACAACGUGCCCUUCCUCAGCAGUUAUAAAGCCACUCAGACCAGAGCCAGAGUCCAGUGCUCACUGUCAGAUCCACAGCUGGUCUCAGGAGCGCUGAUAGAUGUGGCCAAACACCUGGGCAACCUGUCCUUCAGAGUCUGGGAGAAGAUGAAGGACAAGGUCCACUUCAGUCCUGUCAUUCUGGACCCAAACACUGCAGAAGUCAGUCUCUAUCUGUCUGAUGAUCUGACCAGUGUGAGACGUGGAGACACAAACCAGCAGCUUCCUGACAAUCCAGAGAGAAACACUAAGUAUGCCAAUGUUCUGGGCUCUGAGGGCUUCAGCUCAGGGAAACACAGCUGGGUGGUGGAAGUGGGAGACCAUCCUGUCUGGUAUGUAGGUUUGGCUAAAGAGUCAGUUGACAGGAAGGGAGAGCGAAUUCAUUCACCAGAAUAUGGAAUCUGGUAUUUAACUCAUCGCAGUGGAAAAUACAUGAAUGGUCUUGGUGAGACAGUCAGAGUGAAGAAGAGUCUCCAGAGAAUCCGAGUCCAGCUGGACUAUGACAGGGGGGAGGUGUCCUUCUACGACCCUGAAGACAUGACUCACAUCUACACUCACAGAGACACUUUCACUGAGAAACUCUUCCCAUGGUUCAGUAUUGGAAAGGCUGGUGAUGCUAAAACUGCUGAUAUCCAAAUCUGUCAAACUGAGAUUCUCUGUGAUGUUCAGGGAGGGUGGUGAGGUCGAAGUGAUUUAUUAGGAUUUUUAUAACGGAGGUGUGUUUUCUUGUCAGUUAGUUCUUUAUGGGAGAGAAUCGUGUAAUUUCAAAGUACAUGAAGAAAAUAUAGAGAUUAAGGUUUAAGAAAAAAUCAGAUUGAUCUCUUUAAGCAAAUUACAUGAUGGAACACAUUCCUUGGUUGUUGUAAAAUAUAUUUCCAAAGCACAGAAUGAGAAACUAAAGCAUAAAUGGAGGCAGAAUAAGUUGUGUGAAGCAUUCUCGCCAAAAUGGUGUUUGUGAUGUAAAUAUGCUGCAAGAACUGGGACGAGUAGAUUUACUGUAAUAAUUAUAUUUUUACGUUUAUCUACAGAUUUUUUUAUUUUAUUUUCCAAGGACAUACAACCUUAAGUUUACACUAAAAAAAGCAAUAAUUUUAAA